CGGUUAAUACUUUUUCCUUGCCGAUUUGCUUCAAUACCUACGAGUUGAAACGAAACUUAACCCACGCAGCCGCCACCACUCUUCAAUCUCUGCCGCUCUUCACUCCAAGUACUUAUAAUUCUCAUCAAACAAACAACAGAAGAAGAAGAUGGUGAGACCAUAUGCAGUUAAAGGCCACAAGAGGAAGAAAAACAAAAAAGAAAUAUAUGAUAAAGAAGAAGAUGAACAAGAAAAUGUUGAACAAGAAUCAGAAGAAGAAGAGGGUGUGCAGAAGAAAUUGAAGAGUGGAGUUACAGAAUCAGAUGAAGAAAAAGCAGAAGAAGCUGCACAAGAACUUGUGGGGAUUCCUGUUAGUUUGAAUGAGAAACAGGGGAAUGAUAAGAAUACUCCUUCUGUUGUUUUUGUUCUUGAAAAGGCUUCUUUGGAAGUUGCUAAAGUGGGAAAGAGUUAUCAAUUAUUGAAUUCAGAGGAUCACGCCAAUUUUCUGAAGAAAAAUAACCGAAACCCUGCAGAGUACCGGCCCGACAUUUCUCAUCAGGCAAUAUUAAACAUCUUAGAUAGCCCACUGAAUAAAGCUGGUAAACUAAAAGCUUUGUAUGUGAGAACCGAAAAAGGUGUACUUAUCGAAAUCAAACCUCAUGUUCGUAUUCCAAGGACGUUUAAACGUUUUGCUGGAAUCAUGUUGCAGCUACUUCAAAAACUGAGUAUUUCGGCUGUUGGAAAACGGGAAAAGCUUUUGCGUGUGAUUAAGAAUCCUGUAACUCAGUAUCUCCCGGUCAAUUCUCGCAAAAUAGGGUUUUCGCAUAGUUCAGAAAAGUUGGUUGAUAUGCAUGAUUAUGUGGCCACGGUGGACAACGAUGCAACUCUUGUUUUUGUGGUUGGUGCAAUGGCCCAUGGCAAAAUCGAAUGCGACUACAUAGAGGAUUUUAUAUCAAUUUCUGGGUAUCCGUUGAGUGCGGCAUACUGCAUUACAAGGAUAACCAAUGCCUUGGAGCGCAAACACGGGAUUGUAUGAACACGGUCCUACUUUUACUUGUAAUUUUGAUACAUGAUUAAAAGAUGACAUUUUUAAGAUAAUUUUCAUGUUUUUAUUUGUGAUCCAGUUUUGACAUUCAACUGUUUUUUCGUUUCGGCUAUUAACUUUCAGAAACCUAAAACACUGUAGGUUUGGCUACUUAUGAUUUUCUAAGUGUAAAAUCUUCAAGAUUCCAGCUUUGUUAUGAA